AUGACGGCGAUCAUGGAUCUCCACACCGUUAAGAUCACGGAGCGUCCGAGGAGAACUUGGCUGCAGACACUCCACACCACCCUGUUCCUCUUCGUAUUUCUUCUAGGAUGUGUCAUGAUCAAUAGCUCCCAAUUUGUUUUUCUGCUUCCUCUCAAGCUCUUUCCCUCUCCACGAGGGCAGAAGAUGUACACCGAGGGCAUUCGGUAUAGCAAGGGGUCGUUUGGGACACUGUUGGUCCUCAUGAGCCAGUGGUUUGCCCCGACCAAGUUGGUGAUAUCCUUCGAGACAGAGGGAUUGGGCAAGUUCGCCUACGAGGAGCUGCAGGAAAUGGUCGUGCGAGAUAACGGAGGGCGUGUCGUUGGGCUGAAUUUACCGCAGAAGGCGGUGCUCAUAGCCAAUCAUCAGAUCUAUGCCGACUGGUGGUACGCGUGGUGUCUCACAUAUUACAUGGGCACGCACAAGGACGUCCUGAUCGUUCUCAAGAAGAGUCUCAAGUGGGUUCCGGUCCUGGGCUGGGGCAUGCAAUUCUUCAACUUCAUCUUUCUGGCGCGCUCUUGGGCAUCUGAUCGUCUUCAUCUGUCUACUAGUCUUUCCUGGCUGGGUUCAAGAGCGGAGAAGGACGAUUCGCCUCUGACCUUCAUCUUGUACCCCGAAGGUACUCUGGUGAGCAUAGAAACCAGGCCGUUAAGCAAGAAGUUUGCGGAUAAGAUAGGAAUCCCGGAUAUGGUGCAUACCCUUAUGCCCCGUUCCCUGGGGCUACAGUAUUCUCUGCGCUCCCUCGCUCCACGCAUACCUACUCUGCAACUCAUUGACGUCACCGUGUCUUAUCCAGGUACCCCGCCUCUCGGAUAUGGCCAGUCAUACUACACUCUGCGCUCCAUCUUCUUCGACCGUGUCCCUCCACCGGCAGUGCACAUGCACAUUCGGCGCUUCAAAGUAAACAAAGAAGUGCCUAUUGGCGGCGACGUCUCUGCUAGCAUUCCAAACGGUACCCCGUACGGCUCCUUCAAGUCACAUGCCACAGAAGUGGACAUUCCCAAGGAGGAGGGAGAUAAAUUCGAGCUCUGGCUGCGCUCCCUCUGGGGAGAGAAAGACACACUGAUCGACAAGUAUUUAGAGACUGGAUCUUUCGUGGACGAUGCAGCGGCUCGGACUGAGAUUCCGUUGCAACUGCGCCACCGCCGCGAGGUCCUAGACGCGUUUGGCUUUUUCAUGCCCAUUGUGGUGAUGUUGGCGUUGGUAAGAGUAAUAUGGAAGGAAGGCUCCACGAAUAUUAUGCUUUAA